AUGACUGGCCGUGUUAACAGGGACUGGUUUUACAAGCUCGCGUCUGAUCUCCAGGAAGAACGGGUUCAAGCGGCAGUAGCAUUGAUCCAAGAGUUAUCGGCACUUGACUUACCCGAUGGUGCCUCAGAGUGGUCCUACGUGCUUAAAAGAUUGAUCAAUGGGUUGUCUUCGAGCAGAAAUAGUGCGCGUUUGGGAUUUUCUUUAUGUUUGACUGAGGUUAUUAAUUUGGCACUGAACUUGGAAGGCGAUAGGCCCGAAGAAUUGUCUUCAAUUGAUACCUUUCUCGAUCUAUUAUCAUCGACUUUGUCAUUACAACCCUCUGGACAAGACUCCAAGAAGCAAAUCAAGGGUAAGGAUGAGAGAGGACUGUUAUUUGGUAAAAUGUUCGGUCUACAAGCUUUGUUGAGUGAACCACUCUUUGAAAAAGUGUUUAUUUCGAAAGAAAAGGGAAUUUCUGAUUUUGCAUUGCGUUUUAUGGAUGAACUUUGUCAGCUUGCCGUUUUUAAAUCGUGGUUACGUGAACCUUGUUUAUUCACUCUUUUCCAGGCAUACGAGAGAAUUUUACCACUUGCGGAUAUAGAGACCGCUCAAGUCGUCCUGCGACUUCUAGAUCAAUAUCAAUUAACUUUGACAAAUGAGGGACUAGCAAUUUAUCUUCUGUUACUGUACAAAUCGCCUAGAGAUUACUCCUCUUCGAUCUUGCAGAUGGAUUUCGAGUCAAAAUCAUGGAAGUCAAACGACCCGCUGGCGAGAGGCAACCUGCCAUUAUUAUCACAGGUUUUACGUGACUCUUCUGUCGCUACUGAAGACGAAUCGUCACCAAAGGCGUCAAAUUGGACCCCUAGGCUGCAUUUUGUUUGGGACAUUCUACUUCCCAUAAUUACUCAAGACAAUUCGAGGAGAGAAAGUGAGGAUCGAAAGCCAAAAACAAAGAAGAGAAAGAAGGAAAAGGCAACAGCCAUUCAAUUCCCAGAGUUUUGGCAAAUGGCUGUCGAUGAGUCUAUGUUCAAUGAAAAGGCUUCCACCGAAAGGAAAUUUUUGGGUCUCGUCAUAUUUCAAAAGGCUCUUGAAGUCACUCCUCAUAAAUUGGUCGGUUGUUGCUUUAGUCAGAAUGUUAUGAGAACCUUGAUAAACCAUGCCAGUGACUCAAAACGUCUUCUCUUUAAGAUUUCGCUUAAGGUGUUAAAUUCGAUCGUUGACAUUUGUAAAAAGAGACCCAAGGAAAAACUUGUUCCUUGUUUAAGUGCAAUUCUCUUUGGUCCCCAUGGAUCGAUCAACUUCGAUAAAUUGACCAAGUCCAAAACGGCAACUAAUUUGUUAGCUGUAAACGGUUUGGAUGAAACCGCUCUCAAUGAACUAUUUGGCCUACUUUCUUCGAACUUAAUUGAAUCGAGUUUAGUCGAACAAAAGAACCAGCAGUUCAUACUAGAUACGAUGCUGCAUGCGGUCCGUAGUCACAAAUCCGAGUUGAACAAGGAUAUCAUUGUUACUUCGAUUCUUCGUCCGAUAAUCUCACUCGCAUUUUUCACUGUGAAGGAUGAACACACCAGCAAUCUCGCAAAGGAAAGAUUCUACUCAAUUCUCUCUGAGAUUACACAUUUAAACAAUGAAGGUCCAUCUUACCAAAACAUGGCGUUGGAUAUUAUUCGCGAUGAGAUAGCUGCUGGUAAGGAACUAACAACAAAACUCGAUGACACUUUGGAAGACGUCAAAAGCGAAGCUUUACGGACAUUGCAGGCUAUAUCAAAUAAUGAGAAAAAUCCGCAACUUCGUGGUUUGGAGAUGCUCAUCUCAAUGUGCUUAUUACAGCUUUAUUCAGGAGAAAGUGAAGCAGUCUCCGUAAUCGAGGAACUGUGCGCUUUCUAUCAGGAUACAGACGAAAAUUCCACGUCAUUGGUUGGGAUAACGGAGAUCUUACUAUCCCUGUUGGCUCAAAAGAAAGCAGUUUUAAGGAAAUUAAGUCUGUCUGCUUGGCAGCAAUUUGUUAGUGAAAUUGGAGAAGCAGAACUGAAGGCUCUACUAGAUGUAUUACCUGCGAGAGAAAACAAAAAAGGUUUUAGUCAACUAUUUGAGGGUGAAGAUGACUUCGAGGAGGCCGAAGAGGAAUUCGAUGAGGAUGCAGAAAAAGACAAUGAAGAAGACAAUGAAGAAGAAAGCGAAGAAGACGAAGAAAGCGAAGAGGACGAUUUAUCUAGUAGCACAGGGGAAGACUCUAACGAGAAUCAAGAUGACGUCGCUAAGAUCGAUAAGGAAGCAACAAGUGCCUUGGCCAAGGCCCUAAACUUGCCUGAUAAUAUUGUCAAUGACAAGGGUGAAGUGGACUUGAAUAACUGGGAUGAUGGAGCCGAUGAUGUGGCCGAUGAUGGGGCCGAUGACGAGGUGGAUGGCGAAGAAGAUGAGGAUGAAGACGAGGAUUCUAUGGAUGACGAAAAAAUGAUGGAGUUAGAUGAUCAGUUAUCGCAGAUAUUCAAACGUAGAAAGGACGCUCUUUCUAACAUUUCAACUGGUAAUCAAAGAAAAAAUGAAGCCAAGGAAUCCCGUGAAGAUGUGAUUGCUUUUAAGCAGCGAGUAAUUGAUAUGCUCGAAAUCUAUGUGAAGUUUGUUGAGAAGCAAUCUCUCAAAGAAGAAAAUUAUUCCAAGAUCUCUUCAUGCUUACUAUUGCUUGAACCUAUGAUCAAAUGCAUCCAACAGACGACCGAUAAAUCACUGGCCAAUCGAAUAGCAAAACUAUUAAGGACUAAAGUGUUCAAAUUAAAGACAUCCGCAUUUUGUGGUUCCUGCGACCAAGACGAAUUGAUGGAGAUGUUGAGAAUGACUCAUGAAAAAAUUCAAACUCUCAAGCCUGGUCAACAUCAAGCCAUCUACUAUUCUGUUUGUUCUACCGCAUCUCUAUUCCUAACCAAGAUCAUAAUCGAGAAUUCGGACAGUAAAGAUGCUGCUGUGCAUGAUAUUAUCGACCUUUACGCAGAGACCAUGAAACAAUGGGCCAGCAACGGUAAGUUUGGACCCAACAUUUUCAUAGAUUUUUCCAACUGGUUAUCCUCCAGAAAAUAG